GUGCUGCUGCUGCUGGUUGGCGAGUCCUGCUAUUUAUUUGUCUGGUUGAUUGCCGCCCGUAGCGGAGAGCUGCCGGUGGUUGGCGAGUCGUGUGCUAUUUAUUAGUAUCUUUUUGUUUGGUUGAUUGACAAGAAAAAAAGAGAGCGGGUAGGUAUGGGUUUGGGAGACGCUAACGGCGUGCAGGUGCGGGGCUGCAAGUACGACCACCAUGGGUUGGCGUUCGCUACGCGCGCUCUCCAUUUCCAGGACGAGAACGAUCCGUACGGUGCGAAGAACGCCCCCAUUUACCUGACGGCCACUUUCAAGCUUCCCUCCGUGACGAAGGCUGGCUCGUUUCUGUAUUCCCGGUUCGACAACCCGACGAGAUCGACGCUGGAGAAGCACAUUGCUCGGCUUCACGACGCGGACCGCGCGUUUUGCUUCUCGACGGGAAUGGCGGCUCUGACGACGGUGAUGCAGAUGGUGGAGGUCGGCGACGAGAUCGUGGCGGAUGACGACAUCUACGGCGGGACCGACAGGCUGCUGACCAGCCUCGUCACCCGGUGGGGCGUGACGGUGAAGCGCGCCAACACCAGCAAUCUGGACGAGAUCCGCGCGGCCGUGACGCCGAAGACGAAGCUCGUGUUCCUGGAGAUCGCGACGAACCCUCUGCUGCAGAUCACGGACAUCGCCGCCAUCGCCGAGAUUGCGCACAGGAGCGGCGCGCUGGUCGUGGUGGACAACAGCAUCAUGUCGUCGGCGCUCUCGAGGCCGCUGGAUCACGGCGCGGACAUCGUGAUGGAGUCGCUGACGAAGUUCAUGUCCGGGCACAGCGACGUGAUGGGGGGCUUCCUGGCGGUCAGGGGCGAGCAGCUCGCCAAGGACAUCCACUUCCUCCAGUCCGCGGAGGGCGCGUGUCUGAGCCCGUUCGACAGCUUCCUGGUCCUGAGGGGCAUGCAGACAUUGUCUUUGCGAGUGGAGAAGGCUCAGGAGAACGCGCAGGUCAUCGCGGAGUGGCUGGCGAAGCACCCGCUGGUGAAGAAGGUGCUCUACCUGGGGCUGCCCGGCUUCCCCGACCGGGAGCUGCACUUCAAGCAGUGCUCCGGCGCGGGAUCGGUGCUGUGCUUCGUCACGGGAGACGUGGAGCUGUCCAAGCUGGUGGCGGACGGCGUCGAGGUGUUCCAGAAGACGGUGAGCUUCGGCAGCGUGGGGUCGCUGAUCAGCCUGCCGUGCUUCAUGUCGCACGCUGCGGUUCCCAAGGCCAUCCGCGAGUCCCGGGGCCUUCCGGACGAUCUGGUUCGGCUGGGUGUGGGAAUAGAGUGUGUGGGCGAUCUGAUCAACGACUUGGAUCACGCGUUCAAGAAGGCCAUGGCGAAGCUUGGAGGGAAGGCGCAACCCAAGUUCGAGCCCAUCCCCUCGGGCACGUUCGUCUACAAGCCCCGAUUCCAGUAGAUCGUCCUCAUCCCCCCGCGGCUGAGAGGUUAGAAAGCGCUAUGAUUACGGAUGGAAGGGUUUUCCCGCGGCGCGGGGGCCGCCUGCUCCGUCGUCAAAUCGUUGGCAGCUUCGGAGAAUGGAUUCACGCGCCACGUGUCAGCUUACGGCGUAACUUAGCGGCCCCUCUUUUCUCUUCGACGGGCGGAAGGAGUUCAGAGGAGGUGUGGUGYGGUGCCGAACGCUUUCUUUUUUYUUUUUUUUUUYYCCCUCCUACUUCAAAUGUUUGUCAGAGCGACAGCUGGAAGGCCUGCCUUGUCGUCAAGAUAAAUUUCCUUCACGGCGAGCAGGACAUAGGUCUGGUGGCUUUGGAGUGCGAGCAAACUGUCUGCGGGUUUUUCUUCGCUCCCGCCUGCCGUUUUUCAGUAGCGGCCCUACUCGGUGAUAGAAGGUAGAAAGCUUUAGCUGUGCUUAGCGAGGGAAAGCAUUGAUUACGUUUGUUUUUGGAUCAGUGAGAUGUGUGAGAUAGCCUGCGAAGCGAGGCAGUCCCUUUACGUUCCCGCUUUGCUUCUCGCCGUAUUCAAGUUGAGUUGGCUUUGGCCUGCGCGCUCGUAACGAGUUCUGAUUAGAUAGGUGUUUCUUUCAUGAUGGUGCAACCGCACAAGGGUUGUACUACCAAUUUAUCGACGUAGCUUAGCAGCUACUACCUCAUAUCCCCCCCAACAGAACUCCUUAUCAUGAUGGAUGUGUGCAUGCUCCUGCUCCAUCCCACCAAGGGUAAACACAGUCGUGAUAACAUGUCGGGGAGUAACUGUUAUGAUCGGGGUUCCGCGGGAACAAUAAAAGUCAGGUAGGGUGUCCACAGGGGUGUCCACAGGGGAGUAUCGCAGAAUAGGUGGUGUUAAGGGGCAUGGGGGAAGAAGUUGGAAAACCCCGCGUGAAACAGGACGGGUUUUCCCGAAUAAGAAGAUCGUCAUGAUGAGACCGGAGGAGGAACGAGGCAGGGGGCUCCUACCGACGAUCGACUUCUGCGGAAGCUAAUGAUGUGCUUCAGACAUUUUCUGGACUUCCAUCAUGUCCUCUCCAGAAACCAAGAAAUGUAUCGAACAUGUUUUUUUCAGUUUGCCUGUCAUUUGAGAUUUCUCCACGCUUUGCUGUCCCCGAGAUCGCGUAGCAUUUUUCUCCUUCACAAGUGAUAUGCAUAUUGCUCUUUCCGACAACUUGAAGUUAGCCUUCCGGACGAUCUGGUUCGGCUGGGUGUGGGAAUAGAGUGCGUGGGCGAUCUGAUCAACGACUUGGAGCACGCGUUCAAGAAGGCCAUGGCGAAGCUUGGAGGGCAGGCGCAACCCAAGUUCGAGCCCAUCCCCUCGGGCACGUUCGUCUACAAGCCCCGAUUCCAGUAGAUCGUGCUCAUCCCCCCGCGGCUGAGAGGUUAGAAAGCGCUAUGAUUACGGAUGGAAAGGUUUUCCCGCGGCACGGGGGCCGCCUGCUCCGUCAAAUCGUCGGCAGCUUCGGAGAAUGGAUUCACGCGCCACGUGUCAGCUUACGGCGUAACUUAGCGGCCCCUCUUUUCUCUUUGACGGGCGGAAGGAGUUCAGAGGAGCUGCGGUGUGGUGCCGAACGCUUUUUUUUUUUUUUUUUUUUUUUCCUCCUACUUCAAAUGUUUGUAAGAGCGACAGCUGUAAGGCCUGCCUUGUCG